AUGGCUUCUAGUCUCGACCAGGAUGUAAUUCAUAUCAUCCUCUAUUUCCUCUGGAACCUCCACUCGACCUCCUGGGACUCGGAGUUCCGCCCACAACACUUUCGACGCUUCUUCAUCUCUUAUUCACUCAUUUCGCAAGAUUGGACUCUCCCUGCUCAACGAUACAUCUACCGUUCCGCAGAUUUACGCUGGAACAGCCAAUUUGAUUCCUUUGAAGCUGGCUUGAACAGCGCAAUCCGUGGUCAACAUCUUCGUACCUUUGUACGGGUCUUGGACAUUUCCAUUUCCAAUAGCCAACUGGGCAUCCCGCUCAGAAAGCUUGACAAGGUCCUCCGUGCGACACCAUAUCUCGUUGAACUGCGCCUUCGCAUCGGGGCGGAAAUAAACACCCUUUUCGCUCGCAAGGUCCAGGCGCAAAGACUAUGCGACGCCUUUGCUGCACUCCGGCCCACCCUCCGAGCAUUCCAACUCGAGCUUACGGGAAACUUUACACGGACGCGGGUGCUCAAAGAGUUUCACACUCUUGUUGAGCUUGGCUCGCUCGACUUUGUCACCAUUGCGAUCGCCGCGGAGCACAACGUCUGGAUUCCCGAAAAGUUGUUCGCUGAGACCGAGUGGAACACUCAUGUGGAGGAAUGGACGACUAUGAGUUGGCCUAUCGAGACGAACGCACAGUCACUUUCUAUGAAGCGCGUUCUAUUUGCUCCUCCAGCGAGCACAGAGUGUCUGGUAGAACCCGAGGUGCUCCGCCUCAACGGCCAAUACCUGACCAAAGAGCUCUCCAGUCUCUUUGGCUCGCAUCUCAAGGAAGUUCUGUGCCAGCCACCAUGGCAGCGUGAUGCCUGGUCCUACUAUUUUGACGAUCUCCUCGACCUCUCACCCAACCUCGAACGCCUGAUACUUCUUCAGAUCGAAGAUGGGAGCUGGUCGAGGAAGAAGAAACAGGCUCCCGUAACUCGGAUCCACGUCGUUGAACGAGAGGACUGGACGGCUGAUGGAGCUGCAUGUGUCCAAGAUGGCGAGGAGACGCUUAAACCCACUGAAGACACCAAGUACAAGCUGCUCGAACGCGCUUCGCAUGUCGUAACGUUCAAUCAAGAGCCGUCACAGUCUUGGAAAGAAAGGACCACUAUUGUUCCAACGUAUCGAAGACCAGAGGCAUUUGACGGGCGAUGGCUUGGCCAUGCCAUGACCGGAGUAGAAGAGGAGAGGGAACUUCAAGAGGUUUAUGGGUGUUAUACCUGGAAAUGGGACAACGGACAGCCCCAAUAUCGGCGAUAUUUCCUUGCCAUACGCAAACCUGCACCAGUCUCCACUCCCUAA